UGGCACGUACACGGAUUACUUUCAGGUCGCUCGGACAGUCAAAAAAUUCGGAAACAAGCAACCAAAAUGAGUUUACAGGCUCUAUUUGAGGACAAACUCCUUCACAAGGUGCAGCGUGGCUUGUUCAUCAGCAAACCAAAGUACGGAAUCUUUGUCACUGCCUUCUACAAGAAAGAUCUUCCUGUAAAUGACCUCACUAUUCGGGACCGCAUUUUGGAUGCUGUACGUGACGUCGUCAACUAUGCCCUGGAGUUGGAGGAAGCUAAAGGAAACGAGUCACUUACCAGGGCAAUUGUGGCAUUUGACCCAGACCAGUGGAGUGAAUGGUAUAAAGACGACCCCAAACUGGCAAAUCUUGAUAACCGUCCCCCGGGUAAGAAGCUUGUCCGUGACUCGCAAAAAUUCCUGGACACGGGAGGAGAUGUAUUCUUUUUGCUUAAAUCCAACUUUGCUGGAGAAGUGGAGAAAGUUCUUCAGCGUGUUGAGAAUAAUAUGAAAAAUUUUUGUGACAAUUUGGAUGUGACUCACUCUCAGCCCCCGAGUAAGCGGAUCAUCCAAAAUUCCUUUACUGAUGGAUUAGCAAAUCCCUGUGACGCAGAGAGCAUCAAGAAUUACAUUGUCAAGAAUGAAGGAGCGUUGUCAGGAUACCCUGGAUCAUGCUACCUUCUGGCACAGAAGUUUGAAUUCAACUGGACGGUCCUCGGAAACAUGGACAAAAUUCAAAGAGGGGACAUGAUCGGGAGGAAAAGUGGCACAGACACAAUCAUUUCCCACACGGACAAACGUGCUCACAUCUCACGCGUGCAUGUGGAACUCGACGUUCCACCAGUGAAUGGUCUUUUGAGGCAUAAGCGCGUUUUUCGGGUUUCAAUGCCCUACGGCCGAGCGGACCUACCAAGCCAGGAAGAAGGGUUGAUGUACAUGCACUGCUGCAACAAUACGGAGGUUUUCAAGACCAUUCUGGCAAACAUCGCUGGUAAUGACAAGCAUUCUAAACUUGGUGACGUAACCGUUGAUAGCUUGAUCAGCGCCGUCCGCCCAGUACAGGGAACCUUCUAUUAUGUGCCGAGCGCAGAAGAGUUGAAGUUAUCCACUAUCAAGGAACGAAGGUUUCAAAUCAUAGAUUUUUGGAACAUACGAAGCCCAUCAAACGAGUACCUGUUUUACAAUCAGAAGGAAUACCUCCACCGUAUGACAACCGGUGGAUACCACCCCGGAGACCCUCCAAGUAACCGAGUCCUUGGCCUGUUAGACUACGGCUUUCAGCAAUGGAACGACCAAUGGUACAACCGUCGGGAAAUGCCUAAAAUUCCGCACCUCUUCACGAUGUUAAAGCCUACAAAAUUGAGCAAGGUGAAAGAAGCGUCUGUCAUGAUACGGAAAGGAUGGGCUACAAAGGUGUCGCUAGGACGCCUGUUUACCACAAACAAAGUGCAAAAGCUGCGUGCUUCAGAGCAGCCAUUCUUCGGUUGUAAGGCCGACUUUUUCAACCUUCACCCAGACGAGAUCAUAGUGGGAAGGAUGCCCAAAUGCUUCUCCCUAGGUCUUGGCAAGGCCGUGAUGCCCUAUCUCCAUGAGUACGAAGUAAUUCCAGCCUUCUACAAGGGUCUGAGUGAGGCAGCCGGAAUGGGGCAUGUGGUUCCUGAUUACGAGAGGCUGGUACAGAAUGGCCUGGGAAAAAUGAUAGAGGAAUUGAAAACCGAGAAAGGAAAAACUGCAGAGAAGCAAGACUUCAUAACUGCCUGCAUCCUGGCUUUGGAAGGGAUACAGAAGUACAUGAGGAACUUUGGAUUUUUGGCUGGUUACUGUGCCGACAACAGUGGCUUCGCGAUAUCUGAGGCUCAGAAACAAAACUUAAAACAGAUAGAGACAAGAAUGAAGAAGAUUUCAACCGACCGUCCAAAGACGUUCGUUGAAGCUGUUCAACUGUUAUACUCAUAUCACUGCUGCUUGCACCUCAUUGGAGAACCAACAUCUAUUGGACGUCUGGAUCAAAUCCUAUUGCCGUUCCUGCCGGGUACAUCUGCUGAAGACGCCCAGGAAAUCAUUGACUGCCUGUUUGUCAAACUCUGUGAACAUGCUCAUGUCAACUCGCGCCUGUUGAAUGAUUUGGGUACUUGGGGUAUGACAGCGGUACCGUACGCUUCCACAGGGAUGUUUCCCAACGGUGACACCAUCAACCAAUGGGUUCAGCAGAUCACUGUAGGCGGUUACAAGGCAAAUGACGCAGCAGAGCCAGAAUGUGGUUGCAAUGACGUGACAAUCAUGUGCCUGAAAGCCUCACGCAGGCUUCCACUUAAUGCCCCGUGUUUGUCCCUUCGAGUACAUAGAAAUAUGCCGCAGGAGGUUCUCGAGGAGGCCGCUAAAGCGAUUCUAAGUGGCGGGGCCCAUCCACUUUUGUCCCAUGAUGAACACCUAAUUCAGGGCCUUCUAGAGGCUGGAGACGCUACAGACGUGCCAGUGAGCCUGAAAAGCGCACGGAAUUACUGUUGUGACGGUUGCUACGAGCCAAUAUUUCCAGGAGAGACAGACUUCUCCCUGGCUUCUGUGCCACUGUUACAAGUGCUUGAAAUGACAAUCAACCAUGGCUCAACGUACUUGCUCGCUGGGCCAAAGUAUUUGGAGGGUGUACCACAGUCUCUGCCAACAGAACAUGCGGAAGAGAUUAACAGCUUUGAUAAGGUCAAAGAGAUCUUUGCCACGCACCUUAAUGUGCGAACUGGGUACAACCUUUUCUUUCUGCUUCUCAACUAUGGCAACAUUGUGCAGUACUCUCCUAGUCCUCUGCUCUCUUCCCUCAUCCGAGGUUGCCUUGAAACACAGCGGGACAUUUAUAACGGUGGUGCUAAUCACACACUUGUUGGCGUCCAAUUCAUCUCUUUUUCCAACACUGUCGACGCUCUGUACGCCAUCAAAAAGCUUUGCUUUGAUCGCGACUCGGCUCUAAUUUCCUUGGCCGAGUUAGUUCGGUGCCUCAAGUGUGACUGGGGAUACAACAUGCAAGAGCCCUUCCAUGACGAGAUUUCUGGCACAACCCGAGGUCAGCGGCUGUCGGACACGUACAAGGCAGUACGCGAGACAGCGAUUAACUUGCCAAAAUUUGGAACCAGUGCUGGUGCGGAGAACAAAGACAUCCAAGAAAUUACUAGUUGGCUUGCAGAACAAGUUACAACAGUUGUAAGUAAAGUAUCCCGCCCGAGUCCGGAAGCUCAUCAACCCCUACGCGAGUUGAUUGACAGCCUAAGAAAAAAGUACUCGAUGCCAGGAGCACCAUGGGAUGUACUGCUGCCGACAGGAUCAGGGACAUUUGAAGGAUACGUUGGCUGGGGAGCAGGAUGUGGGGCUUCAGCUGAUGGUCGGCGAUCAGGCUCACCCAUAGCCUCCGAUUUCGGUGCUGCUACCACGCCUCUGGAUAAGCCAUCAAUACCAAAGAGCUUUGAUAUCUAUAAAUCUUUGAAGAGCUGGGAUAUGCACUCUAUCAACGUUGGCUUCGCAAACGGCGCAGAAAUCGGUUUGAAGAUUAUGGAAGACUUUAAAGAGAGUGACUUGGUUGAGUUCUUAAGGAAUUAUGCCGACCUAAAGGGUAUUGGAGGAAACAUUUUAACAGUGACCUGUGCCAAUCCUGAAACACUAACCAACGCCCAAAACAACCCAGAACAGUAUGAUCUCAUCCGCGUUCGCACAGGGGGCUGGAGCGAGUUUUUCAUCACUUUCUUCACCGCACAUCAGAAACACCAGGAGAGGAGAAUGUAUUACCAUGCUUCAUGAAGUAUUGGAUUCCUUGACCCAUCGCCGUGUUGUGGCAUAUCGGUCUGUUUACUUAACGUGUGGAUUUAUUGAAAUGAAGUUGAACGGUUUUCGCAUGGUUUUCAGCAGGAAAAAGCUUAUAGUUGUCGCCUUUUUCAUUAUAAUCUCUCUAUGUCAAGUUCUGAAUGUAACCACAACAAAUUUAAUGCCAAAAGUACUGCAGUCAAUAAAUAGAAAACUAUGAUUUUGUUCCAAUAGCCCAUUUUCGUAUUAUCUUUGGCCUCAUUUUCGAAGUGAGUCCUGGUGCUCACCGUUUUAUAUGAAUAAAAUUUUUCAUUCACAUGCAAAUUAAACUCAUUUUCAUAGUGA